UGUUGUCAUUACGGAGACGCCGGAAGAUCAGCGAAAUAAAGUCUGGAAGAAGAAGGAUGCGAACGCGCAAAGGGUGAUUGUUACAACACUAGAUAAGAAACCUUUACUUCAUAUUAUGAGUUGUAAAACUGCACAUGACAUGUGGGUAAAAAUUACUUCUAUUUUUCAACGAGAUAAUGAACAGCAGAAAUGCACUCUUUUUCAGAAUUUCUUCAGUUUUGAAUUUGACAAAAAUGUAGAUAUUGCGACAAACAUUGGUAAAUUGCGUAAUCUAGCAGUUAGAUUAAAGGGACUUGACAAUGAAAUAAAUGAUAACAUCAUGCUUAUGUCCAAAAUUUUAUCAAUUUUACCGGAAGAAUUUAGAUAUUUUACUUCAGCAUGGGAAUCAACUGUAAAAGAAGAUCGUACAUUAGAAAAUCUAAUAUCAAGAUUACUAGCUGAAGAAUCAAGAAGAAAUGUACGUGAAUCACAAGAAACAGCUUUUAAAACGGCAGAGAGAAAAUGCUUCAAAUGUGGUAAUUUUGGACAUACAGCAAAAAUAUGUAAAAAAGGUAAGAAAUGUUAUAUAUGCAAUAAAGAAGGCCAUUACGCAUCUACAUGUACAAAGAAGAGUAAAGAAAAUAAAGAAAAAUAUCCCACAUGUUCGAUUUGUAAGAAAAAUAAUCAUCAAGAAAAAGAUUGUUUUUUCAGACAAAAGGAUGUGAAGAAAUCAGAUAAAUUUUUAGAAAAACGUGAUGCUGGAGUGUCUUUCUUGACUAGAACAUCAGAGAAAUCAAGUUUUUCCAGCUGGAUAAUGGAUUCUGGAUCAACUUCACACAUGUCAAGAAGUAUGGAAGGAAUGAAGAUUAUGGAGAAGAUUGAAUCUAAUAUUUGACUACUAAUCUACUUUCUGUAAAUGCCAUAACUAACAAUGGAGGAACAGUUACAUUUACAAAUAAACAGGUAUAUGUAAAACAAAA